AUGAGCAAUUUCCUCGUUCUUCUAGCGCUAAGUGCCAUUUUCCAUUGUCACUGUGUCGACUUCGUUGCCCGAACGCAACGAGGAAUCGCUCUAAUAACGCUAGAUGAAGAUAGUUUUGAAGCUGAAUCAACUUUAUUAGUACCAUCAAUACCGGAGGAAUUGUCCGUACUCCUUGCUGUCGACACUUCUGGUACUUGCUAUUUUACGCUCCGUAAUCAUCUUUAUUCACUUGCUGUUGAUAACAGUACUACCAAUGAUCUUGGAAGAAUUGGCUAUGGUCUUGAGGAGGCCCCGUCAUCGAUCGCGUUCGAUUGGGUCACCAGAAAGAUUUUUAUCUCGCUAUCUGGUGUAGGCCAUGACAGCUCAGCUAGGGUAUAUGCAUGUAGUUUAACAGAUGCCACAAAUUGUACUGUAGUUAUUCAUGAAAAUCUGGAUUAUUUACAUUCACUAUGUUUGGAUCCUUUAGAAGGGAUUAUGUACUGGUUGAAUGGCGUUACCAACUGCAUAGAGAAAUCAUUUAUGAAUGGCCAACACCAUGACAAACACCCCUAUAGUGAACAAAUCGUGAGCUCGUCAAAAGAUGUCACCUAUUCAUCGCUUGCACUGGAUCUCUCAUCGAGGCGAAUCUAUUUUGUCAGAACCCAAAGGAAAUCAUCUCAGAUCUGGUACUGUGAGUUGUAUCGUCGUGAAUCAUGUGUGGAAUUGUUCGACACGGAUCCCAUACAGUUUUUCACUGUAUACAAGUCAUACUUCAUCUGGUCGACUUCCUACCAUGGUGAAUUGAUUGUAUGUGAGAAGUCCGAUUGUGCAAAUUCCUACAGAACUGUUGGUGAUAUUCGUGGUGUAGAGUCACUUGUCGUUUUGGAUCCUUCAAUUCAACCAGACAGAAUCAACCCGAACCCUUGUUCUCAGAACAAUGGAGGUUGUUCGCACUUUUGUCUGCUAUUGAACUUUCAUCCAUGGUCACAGUGUUCUUGCCCAGUUGGAAUCAGGUUAUUGGACGAUGGAAGAACCUGUGAUCCACGAGGAAUUGACAAGAUCCUAUUCAUUUCUGCAGUUAGUGGAAUAUACCAGAUCUCUCUCGACACAACUGACUUCACUCCUAAGCAAGUCUUGUUUGAGGGUCUGAAUAAUGAUGGGUUUUCACGUAAAUUCUAUGAUAUCGACUUUGAUCCUAUUGAAAGGAAGAUCUAUUGGAUCGAUGCGAGUCUGGGGCAGAUACGCAGGUGUUCCGUAAAUGGCUCUUCAGCCGAGGAUGUCCUGGCAAUUCCCAACUCAGUGAGAGUAUUCCGUCUCGAUUAUCUUGCCAGAAAUAUCUAUUGGAUCGAUGCCGGUCUUAAUCGGAUUUAUGUAACGAGGCUGGAUACCACCCAUACCCGAGUCAUCGUUGCACAAGCAUUUUCCAAGCUUCAGACAAUGGCGCUAGACCUUCGAAACCGCCAAAUCUAUUUCAGUGAUAGUCGUGCUGGUCGAAGUCAUAUUGAUAGAUGUGAUCUUGACGGAAGAAAUCGAACAAGAAUAGUCACUCUCUCACCGUAUGCAUGGCUUAAUGGCAUUGCUGUAGAUUCCGAAAAUUAUCGCUUGUACUGGACAGAAGGGAAUUACUCGGUUGUGAGGACGGCGUUUCUUAAUGGGACCGGAGAAGUGGUAAUCGGGCCAGCAUCUCUGAAGUUACCUCAGCCAUAUGCCAUUUCAACACUGGGUGAGGAGCUGUUCUGUAACUCUUUGGCCGGACGAGCGCUCAUGCGAAUCUCAGCGAAUGAGGAAACUGGUGCGUUGACGGCUAAUGUUAUCGAGUCAUCAAUUUAUGGACCGAUUGGAUUGGUAGCGGUAUCUUUACACUCCACGAUUCCGAACGUUAGCAAUUGCUUACGGCUAAGAUGUAUGCAUCUCUGUGUUGUCAGUGCCGAUGGGCUACCGAAGUGUAUGUGUUCGACGGGGUUCGAGUUAAUGAGUGAUCAGCGGAUGUGUCGAAAGCCAUCGGCUUACUUCGUUAUCCUCCAGCAAAACGUUGCCGAUAUUUCCCGAGCCUCAUUAGAGAAGCCAAUCAAUUUCGAUUCGUUAGAUAUUGUGAACAUCACUGAAGCGCCAAUUACUGCUGAUAUCGAUCAGAGAGGAAAUUACAUCGUUUACGGAUAUUCCUCUUCAGUAACAGGCUGCAUCAAACGAGCUUCCUUCACCGGGGCUAUUUCCGAAACGGUCAUCAACGAUCCCACUCUCGCUGGAAUGCAUUCGCUUUCUGUGGAUUGGAUCUCGAGAAACAUCUACUGGUCCAAUCCAUUACGAGGACGAAUUGAGGUGUGUGAUCACAGCGGGAAAUAUCGAAGGACGAUAGCGUCACACUUUAUCAAACCAACAUCACUGGUCGUCCAUCCCUUGGCAGGAGCUGUAUUUUUCGUCAAUGAACUAGCGAAUGUGACGAUCCGACGUAUGCCUCUCAAUGGCGAUAUCGCUGGAGGCGUGGAUAUCGUUGGAGAUUUGGCUUCGGUUCGUUCUCUUGCAAUAGACUUUCGGAAAGACUUACUCUACUGGACAGAACUCGACGACUUCACAACUCGCAUAUCUGUUUCCAAAUUGAAUGGUUUGUACCGAGAGCUUCUGUUUGUGGGAACGGAUCAAAGUCCAUAUCGCUUGUUUCACUUUAAUCACAGAUUAUAUUAUUCCGAUACGCGACAGAAUUCCAUCGGAUUCUACAAUGGCAGAGAAUUGGUAACGCUGCAUGAGAAUGUAGCAAAUGUGACUGCUCUGAUGAUACAUCAUGGUCGUGCUACAAGUGAUUCGAACCCGUGCACCUAUGAGUUGUCGGAUUGUCCUCAGUUAUGCCUAGCCACAUCGCGAACUGAACGUCUCUGCCUUUGCUCUGAUCACUUCACUUUCGAUCAAUAUUCACUUCUCUGCAAAGCUCCUGAUAAUAUCAUUGUGGCCGGGAGUGAAGAAGGUUUCGUGGUGAUGAAUCUGCGGCGAUUACCUGAUCAGUCAUUAUCCUAUCAAGAGGAUCCAAUGGUUCCUUUCAUGCUGUCGUCGGUUGGGCUCCCAUAUUCUAUAGCGAUGGAUACUGGUAGCCGAUUGAUUUUUUGGAUUGAUGCCAAAGAUCCAUCAAGGAUCAAAUACUCUCGGCUGACCUUUCCUGCUAAGACUUUCGUGUUUCCCGAACGUUACAACUGCUCGAUAUUCCACUCGCUGGCGAUGGAUGAGAAUGGAAGGGCCCUCUAUGCAUCUUGUCAUUCGAGAGCUGGUAUUGGCUAUGUGUAUGUGUUCAGGGUUAAGGAUGCUCACUCUUCGCCAUUGGAAUUGAUCGGGAAGGUAGUUUCGGGAACUGAAGUCUCAAUGGCUACCGGCCAUGCUCCUGUGCCUCGAGAUAUCACAGUCCUUCCUCAGUCCAAUUACCUGUUUUACGUGGACGUCUCACCAUUCCUUCCGUCACCGGCUAUUAUUCAGUGUCAGCUUGACGGUCGCAAAUGUGAAGCCUGGCUUUCGAAGGAUUUAUGGCCCGGUACAAGAAUCUACGUCGAUCCCGCCUACCUGCGGCUUUUCUAUACGUGUCCCAGUGGCAUUUGGUCCCGUGACGUUGGUGUGGUUUCAUCAAACGUUCGCCAUCACUUCGUCUCGUCAGUUGCCAAUGACUAUUCUGUAGCUCCUCUAGAUGAAACAGCAAUGCUUGUUGCUCAAAUAUCAUCCAGUAGUUCUACCAUCAUCGAGCUUCCAUUGAAUACGACAGUAGAUCUACCGAGAACAACUUCCGUAUUGCAGAGAUUCAUUGGUAUAUCCUCACGGGUUUGUCGAGAAGCAAGUUGCUCACAUCUUUGCCGUUUCCUCCGAGACUCAAAGCAAAAAUACGAAUGCAUGUGUCCGUUGGGAUACGCUAUCAGUAGUGAAAAUCCGUCUAUGUGCCUUCCCAAUGUGCCAUGCGCUUCGUGGGAAUUUGCAUGUGAUGACGGGCAAUCAUGUAUUCAUUCGGCGAAGAAAUGUGAUCGUGUUCCGGAUUGUGCCCAUACAUAUCUAGUGAUGGAAGCGAUGAAUCUCCCUCAUUAUGCCGGAACGUGGGCCCUGAUCGAUGGCCGUGUGAUGACAGUGCGAGCACCAUUGAUCGUAUGCUGGCCUGUACGUUAUUUUUCCGAAAUAAAAAAAUUUGAAAUGAAAAUUUUUCGUAUUUUUCCGUUACUUGAACCAAUCUGUCUUUUUCAGUUAUGUAACGGGCAAGUGGACUGCGAAGACGGCUCUGAUGAGCGGCAUUGUCGGUGUCCCUCUCCAGCGUCGGAUCUGGACUGUGGUGCCUUCCCACUGAUGAUCGGAGGAGAGUGUGUGAAACGUCGACUGAUGUGCGAUGGAUUUCCUGACUGUGAGAACGGAGCUGAUGAGAAUCCAAAGAUGUGUGCGAAUUAUCCAGAUCUCAGUGGGCGGUUUCAGUCGUCUCCUGAAUGGAUAUACAUACUUUUCCUGGGAUUCGUAAUUCUCAUCUGCACCAUAAUUAUUCUCUUCUGUUGCUUCCGUAACUAUCCUCUUUGUGGUAAUGGUCGCAUGGAUACGAAUUCUUCAAUUCAUCAGCUACGUGGUUCUGGAGUGGCAGAGGCCAGCAUUCUCCUACCGCCUCAUGCCCAAAUGGGAACCCAAGUCGAGUUUAUCUACGUAUGGGGUGGUAAAGCCAGCAGAAGUUCGAAUUUCUACGAUGAACAACAGACAACGGCCACGAAGGAAGAAGCUAUCGAGCCCACCUCCCUCUUACACUCAGCUGGAGGAUCCAACAAUUUCAUCGUCAGUGGCAGGUCUGAUGAGCUGUCGUCCACAGAUGAGUUCGACUCCGAAAUCCCGUCAUGGUUCUACUCCACAGUCAUCCAGACAGAUUGGUAUAACACCUCGAGGCACUCCGUCAAGGUUAUCAAGUGCCGAAUACCUUGA